GCAUUUUAUAUGUGAUCAGUCAGUUGGUAUCAAUAAACCAUACAUGAACUUUGUAACUGGAAGCUGAGUACAUAAACAUGUACUUUGUAAAUUGAUUAUGUUACUUGUUUGCUUCCUGCUUCGGUUUGGGCAACCGGGCAGUAUCCCAGCCCUCACAAAAAUCGAAUGAUUUAUAUGGAGCAUAUUUAUUUGGUGUCUCCUUGUAAUAAUGUUUAUGCGUUUAAAUAAAUAGAUGUUUCUCCUCAUUUAUCUUAGUCUGAAACUAAACGGCUCAGUAAAAAUCACUAGAAUAUGUUAUAAUAUAGCUCAUUUAUCAAAUACAGAUUUGUUCACUUGACUUUUAGUCAAAACUUAUGUGUAAGCGGUAGUAGUAAUGCUAUCCGACUACCCAAAUUCAAAUAGACAGAAAGGGACCCUGUCACCCAGUGGUUGAAAUUCAAACUCCUUAAUCACUAAGCCACUGAUCCACCAAAGUGCGCAACUAACUACUUACACUUGAGAUUGAUGUUAUCAAUUAUCACUACUUUAUCGUAUUUAUAUUGGAUCAUAUCACUCCUAAAGGUGAUUUAUCUUUGAUGUGUUUUUUUCGGACCAAUGAAAAGUUGAUAAGCUCUCUUGAUCCAAAUGUAUUAGAACGUCUGCAAUUGUGUAAAGAUCCCUUAUGCCCUGAUUGUAAAUUGACUUUCAAAGAUCCAGAAAUGAAUAACCUAAUACUGCGACUACAUGCUUAUCGUUAUAGUGGAUCUGAUUGGUGCUAUUCUGCACCUUUACCCAGUUGGGUUAUCAAUGAGAAUGUACCAGACUUGCAUGAUGCGAUAGAAGAGGCAAUUAAACAGUUAUAA